AUGUUUUCGAAGAGUAGAAAAUCAAAUGAGCUGCAUUCUGAGGAGAAUAAAACUUCCCAAGAUAAUAAUAAGAAAAGAAAGCUGAAGACACCAGCCCAGCUUAUGGCUUUAGAGAAAUUUUAUAAUGAACAUAAAUAUCCUACAGAGGAAAUGAAAUCACAAGUUGCGGAGCAGUUAGGAUUGUCAGAAAAGCAGAUAUCUGGAUGGUUUUGCCACAGAAGGUUAAAAGACAAAAGAUUGUCAAGAGAUGAAACUUGUGCUAAUGGACGGCAAGAUCGUUCAAGUGGUGUUAUUCAGGAUCGAGCUAGUGGACUUGGGCAAGACUCAUGUGGCAGCACUAAACAUGGAGAUCAUAGGUAUGUUGAUCCAAGGGAGGUUGAAAGUCGAAGGCUUUCUGGGCAUGAUUUCCCAGCUGCAGAUAUUACCCGUGAGUAUAGGAGUCGCUAUACCGAAAGAGUUGGUGGCAUGGAUAAUACAUCUUCAGAAAGUAGCUCGUCUUUACAAGAUAGGUUCUUUACUCAAAAUGAGGAUCCGUAUGAUGUGGAAACUUCUAGAUACCUAGCGCAUAAUGGAGUGUUUUCACCCAUAAAUCCCAGGGGCACAGAGAACAUGGCAUAUAAGCCCGCAGGGUAUUUGAAAGUGAAAGGUGAAGCAGAAAAUGCUGCUAUUACAGCUGUUAAGAGGCAACUUGGGAGACAUUAUCAGGAGGAUGGUCCCCCAUUAGGUGUAGAAUUUGAUUUGCUUCCUCCUGGUGCAUUUGAAUCCCCGAUUAUGGAUUCAGUCCAUGAACCAUCCAUUGUUGGGAAUCCUGUCCUCCGUUCUCCUGACAUUUCUGGAGUGAAGGGGCAACUUAGUCCAAGAACUAGAUAUGAAGUAUACAAUUCCAAGUUCAGUUCCCAGGAUUCGUAUAUACAGCAGGAAAAUCCUUGCAUCAUGCAUGGGUUUGAUCUUCAGGAGAAGAAAUCUAGCAAAAAAUUGAGACAAAAGUCUACUUAUAUCAACCACACAAAUUCUUCUCCUGGAAAGAACUCUUCCUUGGAUAUUUAUGAUAAAUCUGUUGGCAGAACCUCUGCUUAUAAUACCAAUAGGAAAGAUAAAAUGAGAUCUAAGCGGGGUCACUCUGGUCGGAAAGUUACUAGUGAACAAACAGAGCCUUGUUUACAUGAGUAUGAUAGAGUUAGUAGCCCCAAGCUUGUCCAAAGGAGUGAUUAUUUGAAGCCAAAGCCUUCGAGUUCUAUAGAGAACCUUGAUGGAGAAUGUAAGGCCAUGAAAGUCUAUAGCAAUCCACUUAGAGUUGCAAAACAAGACAGAGUUAAUCUCCCUCAACGAGAUUAUUCGACAAAUUCGUUUCCUCAACUGCCACCUCGUAAAAAUCAGAUUAAAGGGUUCGUAUAA